CGCACGCGCACGGCGGUGGCGGCGGUGGCGGCGGUUCCUGCCGGGGGCUCAGAGCGGCGGGCAGCUUUGAGGGGAGCUGCGGCUCUGAGGGAGUCGGCGGCGGCGGCGGCGGCUUGGCGCUCGUGGCUCUCUGCCCAGCUUGCUUCAAGGCGGGCGAUUCGGUCCGAACCGGGCGCGCGGGGGCGGCGGCGGCGGCGGCAACCCGAAGCCUGCGGCCUAGGCCUCAGCGCGGCAGCGGGCUCAAGUACGCCGCUCAGCCGGCCUGAGGGCCCUACCCGGCGGCACCAUGAGCGUGGAGGCGUACGGGCCCAGCUCGCAGACGCUCACCUUCCUGGACACAGAGGAGGCUGAGCUGCUUGGCGCCGACACGCAGGGCUCCGAGUUCGAGUUCACCGACUUCACCCUCCCCAGCCAGACGCAGACGCCCCCCGGUGGCCCCGGCGGCCCCGGAGGAGGCGGCGCGGGAGGCCCGGGCGGCGCGGGCGCGGGCGCUGCGGCCGGACAGCUCGACGCGCAGGUUGGACCUGAGGGCAUCCUGCAGAAUGGGGCUGUGGACGACAGUGUGGCUAAGACCAGCCAGCUCUUGGCCGAGUUGAACUUUGAAGAAGAUGAAGAAGAUACCUAUUACACAAAGGACCUCCCCAUCCAUGCCUGCAGUUACUGUGGAAUACACGAUCCUGCUUGCGUGGUUUACUGUAAUACCAGCAAGAAGUGGUUCUGUAACGGCCGUGGAAAUACUUCUGGCAGCCACAUUGUAAAUCACCUCGUGAGGGCAAAAUGCAAAGAGGUGACUCUGCACAAGGACGGGCCCCUGGGGGAGACGGUCCUGGAGUGUUACAACUGCGGCUGUCGCAAUGUCUUCCUCCUCGGCUUCAUUCCCGCCAAGGCUGACUCAGUUGUCGUGCUGCUGUGCAGGCAACCCUGUGCAAGCCAGAGCAGCCUCAAGGACAUCAACUGGGACAGCUCACAGUGGCAACCCCUGAUCCAGGACCGAUGCUUCCUUUCCUGGCUGGUCAAGAUCCCCUCUGAACAGGAACAGCUGCGGGCCCGGCAGAUCACGGCCCAGCAGAUCAACAAGCUAGAAGAACUUUGGAAGGAAAACCCUUCAGCCACCUUGGAGGACCUGGAGAAGCCAGGAGUGGACGAGGAGCCACAGCAUGUCCUCCUGCGGUACGAAGAUGCUUACCAGUACCAGAACAUCUUUGGCCCCCUGGUCAAGCUGGAGGCUGACUAUGAUAAGAAACUGAAAGAGUCACAGACUCAAGAUAACAUCACGGUCAGGUGGGACCUGGGCCUUAACAAGAAGAGAAUCGCCUACUUCACUUUACCCAAGACUGACUCUGGUAAUGAGGAUUUAGUCAUAAUUUGGUUAAGAGACAUGCGACUCAUGCAGGGGGAUGAGAUAUGUCUGCGGUACAAAGGGGACCUUGCGCCCCUUUGGAAAGGGAUUGGCCACGUCAUCAAGGUCCCCGAUAAUUAUGGCGAUGAGAUCGCCAUUGAACUCCGUAGCAGUGUGGGGGCACCCGUGGAGGUGACUCAUAAUUUCCAGGUGGAUUUUGUGUGGAAGUCAACCUCAUUUGAUAGGAUGCAGAGUGCACUGAAAACAUUUGCUGUGGAUGAGACCUCUGUGUCGGGCUACAUUUACCACAAGUUGCUUGGUCAUGAGGUAGAGGAUGUGAUCAUCAAGUGCCAGCUGCCGAAGCGCUUCACAGCACAAGGACUCCCUGACCUCAACCACUCUCAGGUUUAUGCUGUGAAGACUGUACUUCAGAGACCUCUGAGUCUGAUCCAGGGCCCUCCAGGCACAGGGAAGACAGUGACAUCGGCCACUAUUGUUUACCACCUGGCUCGGCAAGGCAAUGGGCCUGUACUUGUCUGUGCUCCGAGUAACAUAGCUGUGGAUCAGCUGACGGAGAAGAUCCACCAGACAGGGCUGAAAGUUGUGCGCCUCUGUGCCAAGAGUCGCGAGGCCAUUGACUCCCCAGUGUCCUUCUUGGCUCUGCACAACCAAAUCAGGAACAUGGACAGCAUGCCAGAGCUGCAGAAGCUGCAGCAGCUGAAGGAUGAGACAGGGGAGCUCUCUUCUGCGGAUGAGAAGCGGUACCGGGCCCUGAAGCGCACGGCUGAGAGAGAGCUACUCAUGAAUGCAGAUGUCAUCUGCUGCACCUGUGUGGGCGCUGGUGACCCAAGGCUCGCCAAGAUGCAGUUCCGCUCCAUCUUAAUCGAUGAGAGUACCCAAGCCACUGAGCCAGAGUGCAUGGUUCCCGUGGUCCUCGGAGCCAAGCAGCUGAUCCUCGUGGGUGACCACUGCCAGCUGGGCCCAGUGGUGAUGUGCAAGAAGGCGGCCAAGGCUGGACUGUCGCAGUCACUCUUUGAGCGCCUGGUGGUGCUGGGAAUUCGUCCCAUCCGCCUGCAGGUCCAGUACCGGAUGCACCCCGCCCUCAGUGCCUUCCCAUCCAACAUCUUUUACGAGGGCUCUCUCCAAAACGGCGUCACUGCAGCGGACCGUGUGAAAAAGGGGUUUGACUUCCAAUGGCCCCAGCCUGACAAGCCCAUGUUCUUCUACGUGACCCAGGGCCAGGAGGAGAUUGCCAGCUCAGGCACAUCCUACCUGAACAGGACGGAAGCUGCCAAUGUGGAGAAGAUCACCACAAAGCUGCUGAAGGCGGGUGCCAAGCCUGACCAGAUUGGCAUUAUCACACCCUACGAGGGCCAGCGCUCCUACCUGGUGCAGUACAUGCAGUUCAGCGGCUCUCUGCACACGAAGCUCUAUCAGGAGGUGGAGAUCGCUAGCGUGGAUGCCUUCCAGGGACGUGAGAAGGACUUCAUCAUACUCUCCUGUGUACGCGCAAAUGAACACCAAGGAAUUGGUUUUUUAAAUGACCCCAGACGUCUUAAUGUGGCCCUGACCAGAGCUAGGUAUGGUGUCAUCAUCGUGGGCAACCCGAAGGCUCUGUCAAAGCAGCCACUGUGGAACCACCUGCUCAACUACUACAAGGAGCAGAAGGUGCUGGUAGAGGGGCCGCUGAACAACCUGCGUGAGAGCCUCAUGCAGUUCAGCAAGCCCCGGAAGCUUGUCAACACCAUCAACCCGGGGGCCCGCUUCAUGACAACAGCCAUGUAUGAUGCCCGUGAGGCCAUCAUCCCAGGAUCCGUCUAUGACCGGAGCAGCCAGGGUCGGCCUUCGAACAUGUACUUCCAGACCCAUGACCAGAUCGGCAUGAUCAGUGCUGGCCCCAGCCACGUGGCCGCCAUGAACAUUCCCAUUCCCUUCAACCUGGUUAUGCCACCCAUGCCGCCGCCCGGCUACUUUGGACAAGCUAACGGGCCGGCUGCAGGCCGGGGUGCCCCCAAGAGCAAGACUGGUCGUGGGGGACGCCAGAAGAACCGCUUUGGGCUUCCUGGGCCCAGCCAGACCAACCUUCCCAACAGCCAGGCCAGCCAGGAUGUGGCGUCACAGCCCUUCUCACAGGGCGCCCUGACGCAGGGCUACAUCUCCAUGAGCCAGCCCUCCCAGAUGAGCCAACCUGGCCUCUCCCAGCCCGAGCUGUCCCAGGACAGUUACCUUGGUGAUGAGUUUAAAUCACAGAUUGAUGUGGCGCUAUCUCAAGACUCCACAUACCAGGGAGAACGGGCGUACCAACAUGGCGGGGUGACGGGGCUGUCCCAGUACUAGAAGGUGGCAGCGGAAGAGCUAAGCUACGUGGCUUAGUCCAUCAGCAUCUUAUUCUGGGUAAUAAAAAAUAAAAAUAAAUGGAUACCUGUUUUCCACUGCUAAAACUGAAGCACCACUGUGUGAGCAACAGGAGAGGGAGAGGAGCAACCGAGGGAGAGAGGAGCCGAGACAGAGCGAGCGCCCCCUGCUGGCACGCGGCGGCGGCGAGGAGAAGGAGAAGGGAGAGCGGGAGGUGGGCCGGCCGCGCAGGAGCCGCCUGGCCAGUCCCUGUCCAGCCCCGCUGCCGAGGAGGCCCAGCUCGCUGCGUCCACACCUGGGUCUGCGACCAGGGCGGAGGGAGGAAGACCCUCAUCACAGAGUAGCCCUUUCCUCUGUUCUUUUUUUCUUUCUUUUUUCUCUUUUAUUGAAAGGGGACUACGUUUUAGCAGGAAAAAACUUCACGUUUCUGUGCCCGAGCAGACUCCUGUGGGUGGCUGCCGGCCAGGCAGGGCCGGAGGAGUGUGGGUUCUGUCCACACUGGCUCCCAGACCGCCCAGGUCAUGCGGCCUGUGUUCUAAGAGGGGUUUCAUUUAAAGAAAAUAUGGUUUUGGGUUUUUCUGUUUGUUUUUUAAAGAUUCUUUCAAAGGAGUACUGAAAAACACUUUCCUAAGUUUGUCUCUAAGAUCUUAGUGGUGGACCUGGGAGAUGCAAGAAGCUUCCAGAAACGAAGUUUAUACGAGCCAGCGCAACUGGAGACUGGGAUCAACACCUGUGCCACGGUCUCGAGGAGGAUUUUUGUUUUAAGUUUUAGCUUCCAGAGGCUUCUCGCUGCAGGUGGCAGGUUGGUGCAGCAGUGGCCUCGCCUGGCCUGGAGGCCCCGCCUGCUCCACUGGACUCUGAGAAGCCCAGCUGCUUCCUGCGCGGUGGACUUGGCGCAGGGCUGUAGCUGCCCCGUGAGGGGGAUGAGCGUGGCCCCACCAGGGGGCCUCAGCCAGGACUGGCCGUGAGUCCAGGGGCCAGAAAGGUGGCUGUUCCUGGUCCAGCAGCUGCUUCCCCAGGGUCCUUCCCAAGCUUGUGGUGGAAGGCAACAGCCAAGCAGGUCUGUCCCUGUCACUGGGGAGGCACACAGGCCCUGUGCUGGUUAACAUGCCAGUACCCACCCAAUUUGGAGCCCCUCUACCUGCUGGCACAGCUCACUGACAUGGGCUACUUCUGCUUUUGUGGAAGAAUGAAGUUUCUUAGAAGUAAGUCGGCUGUGCUAAAGGGGCUCAAGGAGCGUGUCACCUCAGGUGGUAGAGGGGGCCUCUGUCUGGGUUCAGGUUUAUGAUGCCAGAAGACGUUGGGAGGACUGCCCCCACCCAGCUCCUGGCACGUGGGUUGGGGUGGCUAUCUGCCUGGUGACCGCCCAGUUGAAGACCAUGUCCUGCCUGCCCAGGCCCUGGUGACCCCACCCAGCCAUCCCCUCCCCACGCGGCAUCAAAGACCCUGAUCCCAAAGCCUCCACAUUCUGGCUGAAGUGGGACCGGCAGGAAUGCACAGGCCACCUUCCUUCUGGCAAGGACUUAUUUAUUCCCAUUGCUUAGGGCUUUUGGGCCCCUUGUUUUGGUCGGCCGCGUAGAGGCGUAGAUCUGGGUAGGUUCCCCAUGACCCUCGCGUCCCGCCUCGGCUGGAACGCCUUGCCUCUGCCGCGCGCCCUUUGCUUUGUCCUCCACCUUCUAGCAGCAUUCUGAGUUUCACAAACUGAAGAGCAUCUGUACCAAGGCGAUGUAACUUGAUUUUUGGUCAAUUUGUUUUAAGCUCUUUUGUCACCAAUAAAACAUUAAUAAACCGC